AUGACGUCACUUUAUGAAGCCAAUGCUAUUGCCUUCUUCGCAGGGUACAUCGCCUUCAAAUGCAUAAAGGACUGUCACACAUGUAAGGUCGACAUGUGCAAGUCACCAAUAGAUGCUCGUUCUGCUAUUUUGGCUGGCGGAAUUUCGGGUUGCCUCCGAAGGGAUGAAUUAGUCAGUAUCACAACAGAUAUGGUGAAGGACACUAGUGAGGAGCUCAUCAUCAAUAUUCCCACCACCAAAACUCAUGUGGCCAAGAAAUUCUGUGUGGAUGGUGAAUUUUACAAUAGAACCAAACAAUACAUUGCUUCACGAUCUCAAUUUCCUGACAGCAGACGAUUUUUCCUGCGCUACGAAAAAGGAAAAUGUGUGAAUCAAGUUGUUGGUCUUCACAAAUUUGGAGAAGUACCACAACUGAUCGCAAAAUUUUUGAAUUUGCCCGAACCGGAGAUAUACACUGGUCAUAUGUUUCGUCGCACAUUGGGAACAUUGUUGGCUGACGCUGGAGGCACGAUCACAGAAAUUAAAAGACAUGGAAACUGGCGUUCUGUUAGCGUUGCUGAGGGUUAUGUCGAAAAUUCUUUGUAUGCUAAGUAUCAAAUUACGAUUGUUAGUGUGCCUGCACUGACGGACCCGAAGGAGACAAGGUGUUUCCAUGCAGUUGCGAGGGUAUGCUGGACCAUGUGCUGUAAUGUUGGCGCAUCUAGUACGGUUUUAAAGUCCAGUUGGGGACUGGGUACUGUAUUCCCUGCUGCCAAAGUUGUAAAUCCCUGCUGUGUUGAGAUGUUCUGCUGUCCUGUAUUCCCAGGUUGGGUUGGAAUCUGGUUUCAGGAUUUGUGGUUGGGGUGCCAGUGUGAGUGUAGGGUUUAA